AUGCUUGAUCUGCGCCUUGGUAAGCACGAGGCAGACGAUCCCACGAAGCAGGAGGAAGAAGAUGACUCCAUGAAGGGACAGAAAGUGAAGAAAAAGCCGUAUGCACUACAGAAGCCAGCCAACACGGCUUUGCGUCAGCAGCGGCUGAAAGCAUGGCAUCCUAUCUUAACCCAUUCAACAGUGCUCCCGCUUCUAUUUGGCAUAGGCGUGUUUUUUGCUGUUCUUGGUGCUGUCAUGUACUGGUCGGCCACACAAGUAAACGAGUUGACGAUCGAGUACUCGUCGUGCCGAGAUGAGGCACCUCGCUCAGGAGUGGCACCAGCAGAUGUGCCGGCCAAGUAUUACAAUUACCGCUUUCGCCACAACCAUGACAUGCAGCAACGUUCCCCUGUUCAGUGGGAGGUCGAGGAAAUUCCCCCUGGUCCAGGCCAUGAAAACAAUCCGCCGCGCUUCCAGUGCACGCUGUACUUUAUGAUUCCUGAGCAGAUGGGUCCUGGUGUAUUUUUGUACUAUGAACUCACCAACUUUUACCAGAAUCACCGUCGAUAUAUGAAGAGUAUGGACUACUUACAGCUUCUUGACAAGCCACGAACUGUGGACCAGUUGCAGAAAGACCAGUGCAAGCCACUUGGCCGCGAUCCCAACUCAGGUCUUGCUGUAUACCCGUGUGGCUUAAUUGCCAACAGCGUCUUCAAUGAUACGUUUGCGUCUCCUGUCCUUUUAGAUGCAGAAAAUGCGCCUUUCAGGAACUACUCGAUGAGUGAGAAAAACAUCAUUUGGUCCGAGGAGUAUCGACACUACAAGACCCCGACGUACAACGUCUCCGAAAUCGUUCCGCCUCCUUUUUGGCAGGGUGCCGAAGGUCCAUUCGGCUAUCCGUCGGGCCGUUAUGAAGAAGGUAAAGUGUUCGACCCUUCAAAAAACGAGCACUUUCAAGUCUGGAUGCGCACUGCUGCCUUCCCUUACUUCCGCAAGCUUUACAGACGCAACGAUACAGAUCCUAUGACACCAGGACGCUACUCUCUCGUUGUUGAAGAUAAUUAUCCCGUCAACAUGUUCAAAGGGACUAAGUCCGUUGUUCUCAGCACCUCCUCGUGGAUUGGCGGUCGUAGCCUAGUCAUUGGUGCUUCUCAUAUUUCCGUUGCUGCCCUGUGCUUCUUGCUGGGCAUUGUACUCUCAGGUAUGCAGUUAGUACGGCCUCGUCGUGUCGGUGACACCAGCUAUUUGAGCUGGAACAACCCACGGAAACAACGGACAUGA